GCUGCUGCUGGGACACACUGACAUUUGUUGGGGGUCCGGGUAUUAUUUUGUUGGAGUGCACCGCAGUCUUGCUCACCUGCAGCCACUUUCUUACGUCCUACCUGCUUCAUUGUGGAAUUGCCCCCUUGAAGUUGAGCAAGUGACCUGCAGGGGGGGUAAGUGGCAACCGUUCCGCGGACGCAAAAAGGCACCCGCAAGCAUGUCUACCUCAGUACCGUUCUACCGCAAGUACGGACGCAGCUACGACAGGGGCUACCGCUACCAGUCGGGGAGCGGGUACUCGGUCGGGACCAGCGCCGGCACCAGAACCAGGGGCCUUGAUCGGUCAUCACAAUCCCGACCCGACCCGCUGCCCAAGAGAGCCAACCCCUCCUACUUGGCCGUGGACCGAGAGAACCAAAUCAUCGGCUACGUAGUGCCCGUCUUCAGGACCAGUCAAGAGUUUGCGGCGGGAUAUUCGGACGAGAGCAGACUGCGGAACACUGCCACCUACAUGGAGCGCCGCGACAUGUUCACCAGCGGUCUGGAGAUGGAGCGCUCGGAGCAGAUCUCCAGGAAGGAGACCAUGCGUGAGUCGGCCCAACGCAUCUCCUUGAAUAAAACGCUCUACGAGCACGAGGAGCACUUCAAGCGCAUGAACGAAGACAGCCUGAUGCACGUCCCGGAGUUUAUCAUCAAGCCUCGCUCACACACCGUGUGGGAGAAGCAGUGCGUGAGGCUGCACUGUACCAUCAGCGGCUGGCCGGACCCCCGAGUCGUCUGGUACAAAAAUAACGUGGCCAUCGACCAUCUUGCCAACGCCGGGAAGUACAAAAUCGAGAGUAAAUACAGCGUCCACUCACUGGAGAUCAACAAGUGCGAUUUCGAGGACACGGCCCAGUAUCGCGUCUCGGCCAUGAACGUCAAGGGGGAGGUGUCCGCCUACGCCUCGGUUGUUGUCAAAAGGUUCAAAGGGGAAGUGGACGAGUUCCUGCCUGCUCCUAGACGGACUGGUGUGAAAGAUGGUCCCGUGUCCGAGUACGGCAUCACUUUCCAGACCAACAUCGUCGACAACUUCGGCGUGUCCUUCGGCAGGGAGGGCGAGACCAUGAGCUUGGGCUGCACCGUCAUCAUCUACCCAGCUUUGCAUCACUACCAGCCCGAGGUGCAGUGGUACAGAGACGGGGUUCUCCUGUCCCCGUCCAAGUGGAAUCACAUGCACUGGAGUGGUGACAGAGCUACGUUGACCCUUACGCACCUGAACAAAGAGGACGAAGGACUCUACACUCUGCGCGUCACCACCAAGUCCGGAUACAAAAGCUACUCCGCCUAUGUCUUUGUGAGGGAUGCUGAAGCCGAAGUGGAAGGAGCACCGGGGGCCCCCCUGGAUGUGUGCUGUCUAGAUGCCAACAAGGACUACAUCAUUGUCUCCUGGAAGCAGCCGGCAGUCGACGGUGGCAGCUCCAUCCUGGGUUAUUUUGUGGACAGGUGUGAGGUCGGGACAACCCACUGGAUCCAGUGCAAUGACACUCCUAUCAAGUUUGCCCGAUUCCCGGUCACCGGCUUGGUUGAGGGUCGCUCCUAUAUCUUCCGUGUGCGCGCCGUCAACCAGAGCGGCAUGAGCCGUCCGUCUCGGGUGUCCGAACCUGUCGCCGCCAUGGACCCGGCCGAUCGCGCUCGCAUGAGAGGUAACACUGCACCUUGGACCGGCCAGAUCAUUGUCACGGAGGAAGAACCUGCAGAGGGUAUUGUUCCUGGCAGACCUCAAGAACUGCAAGUGACCGAAGCAACCAAGAACUACUUGGUCCUCAGCUGGAAGCCACCCGGCGAGAAAGGCCUGGAAGGUGUCAUGUACUAUGUGGAGAAGUGUGUCUCAGGCACAGAUAGCUGGCAGAGGGUGAACACGGAGAUCCCGGUGAAGUCGCCUCGUUUCGCGCUGUUUGAUUUGGCGGAGGGGAACUCUUACUGCUUCCGCGUCCGCUGCUGCAACGCCGCCGGCGUCGGCGAACCGUCCGACCCCACCGAGGCCACCACGGUUGGCGACAAGCUCGAUACGCCAUCCGCGCCGAGCAAAGUCGUCCCUACGAGGAACACGGAUACGUCGGUGGUGGUAUCCUGGGAAGCAUCCCGUGACGCCAAGGAGUUGGUGGGCUACUACAUUGAGGCGAGCAUUGUGGGCAGUAACAUCUGGGAGCCAUGCAACAACAAACCCGUCAACGUGACCAGGUUUAUAUGCCACGGUUUGACGACGGGAGAGAAGUACGUGUUCAGGGUGAGGGCUGUGAACGCCGCAGGACUUAGUCCGUUCUCUCCGGAAUCCGAGCCUGUGGAGGUGAAGGCUGCGAUUGCGUCGCCUGCACCACCGUAUGGAAUCAGCGUGCUGGAAUGCGUACGCGACUCCAUGGUGCUGGGGUGGAAGCAGCCCACCUUCAUUGGAGGGGCCGAUAUCAGCGGAUACUUCGUGGACUACCGUGAGGUUGUCGACGGCGUGGAGGGAAAGUGGCAGGAGGCCAACAUCAGGGCGGUCAGCGAACGUGCCUACAGGGUGACUGAUCUGAAGGAGAACAAGAAGUACCAGUUCCAGGUUCGGGCGGCCAACAUCGCGGGGGUCGGCAUCCCGUCGCUUCCCAGCGACACCUUCUUGUGCGAGGAGUGGACCAUUGCCGUUCCAGGACCUCCUCACGAUCUCCAGCUGCGAGAGGUGCGAGGCGACUCCAUGGUGUUGCUGUGGAAAUCUCCGGUGUACCAGGGGCGUGAUCCUGUCAACGGCUUCUACGUGGACAUGAAGGAAGCGGAAGCCCCGGAGGAAGCCUGGCGAGGACUCAAUACCAAGGCCACGGAGAACACCUUCUUCAAGGUGAAGAAUCUGAAGGAGCAAGAGUCGUACGUGUUCCGAGUGCGUGCCCAGAAUCAGGCCGGCGUGGGGAAAAGCUCGGACAUCUCCGAACCGGUCCAAGCUGUGACCAAGCCCGGCACCAAGGAGAUUUUGGUGGACGUGGACGACGACGGCGUCAUCUCUCUUAACUUCGAAUGCGCCAACAUGACCCCCGACUCCAAAUUUGUGUGGUCCAAGAACUACGAAGACAUGGACGACUCGUCACGCUUGACCAUGGAGACCAAAGGGAACAAGUCCAAAGUUACCUUCAACUCACCCGGAGAGGAAGACAUUGGUAUUUAUUCAUGUCUGGUCACUCACACGGACGGAGCUUCAUCCAGCUACACCAUCUCGCCUGAAGAGAUGAAGAGGCUGCUGGAGAUCAGCCACGAUCACAAGUUCCCCACUAUUCCCCUCAAGUCGGAUUUGGCCGUGGAGAUGCUGGAGAAGGGCAGAGUUCGCUUCUGGCUGCAGGCCGAGAAGAUUUCAGCCAAUGCCAAAGUGGACUACGUGUUCAACGACAACGUGAUGGCCCAGGGCGAGAAAUACAAGAUGAACUUUGACAAAAACACCGGCGUGGUUGAGCUGAUCAUGGAGUCGCUGAUGCCUGAGGAUGAAGGCACCUUCACCUUCCAGAUGCAGGAUGGAAAAGCCACCAACCAGUCCAGUUUGGUACUCAUAGGAGACGUGUUCAAGGAUCUGCAGAAGGAAUCAGAGUUCCAGAGGAAAGAAUGGUUCAGAAAGCAAGGUCCUCACUUUAUUGAGUAUUUGGGCUACGAGGUCACUCCAGAAUGUUGCGUGGUACUCAAGUGCAAGGUAGGAAAUAUAAAGAAGGAGACGACGGCGAUUUGGUACAAGGACGGCCGGGAGAUCAAGGCCGACCAAAAUUUGGGCUUCACUGAGGGCGUCCUAAAACUGGAAAUAGCUCAGAUUUCCAAGAAGGACGCCGGCGUCUACGAGACGGUCCUGAAAGACGAGCGAGGACAAGAUACGUCCAAGUUAAAUCUGACUGACCAAUGUUUCAAAGACCUGAUGAGCGAAGUCUUCAACUACAUCGCUAACUCAUCCACGCCGCUGAAGAUCACCAGCACGGAUCAAGGCAUCCGCCUCUACACCUUUGUCAGCUACUAUAAUGACCUGCUGCCGGUCACGUGGCAUUACAAGGACUCAGCCAUCGCCUUCUCGGACCGCUUGAAGAGCGGCGUGGUGGGCGACCAGUUGUGGCUGCAGAUCAGCGAGCCCACCGAGAAGGACAUGGGCAAAUACGCCAUUGAGUUCAACAUCAAUGACGGCAAAGGCGGCCUGAGGAGGACCGUGGAGCUGUCGGGUCAAGCGUACGAGGACGCGUUGGCCGAAUUCAAGAGACUCAAAGCGGCUGCUAUUGCAGAAAAAAACCGCGCCCGAGUGGCAGGAGGUCUCCCCGACGUGGUCACCAUCCAAGAGGGCAAGGCGCUCAACCUCACCUGCAACAUCUCAGGCGAGCCGUUGCCCCAGGUGACGUGGCUGAAGAACGACAAAGAGCUGACGUCAAACGAGCACUGCAUUCUACGCUUGGAGUCGGGCAAGUUCGCCAGCUUCACCAUCACGGGGGUCAGCACGGCCGACACGGGCAAGUACAGCAUCCUGGUCAAGAACAAGUACGGCACCGAGAGCGCAGAGUUCACCGUAAGUGUCUUCAUCCCCGAGGAGGUGGCCGCCCGCAAAAAAUGAGCCCGUCCCAUCUCCUGCUCAAUGUGUGUACCUGGACAAAAGCAAACAAAACAAUGUUGAUGUUGAAAUUGGUGCUGAAUGUAGACCAGGUCAAAGGUCAUGAGAUACUAGCAAGCCAAUACUGCUUUCAAAUGUUUCGAUUUCAACGAGAACGUCUCGCUGUUUGCUUGUAAAAGCUCAACGGACUAAUUGUGUUUUCUUUGUUUUGCGUUAGCGACUGUCGCUCGACAUGUUUGACCCCUUUUUUGCAAACGGGUCAGAACUUACUGCUCACUCCAUACAAUUUCAUCACAUUAGCUUUUCUUUGUUGCAACUGAGUAAGUUGAUAUUCACCACACAUCAAAAUAUGUAUCCAUCUGAGAAGAAGUGAGCAAAAGACUGACAUUAUUUGCGGCAAAACGCGGUCACACAUGAUCACCAGAUUGUUUGUUGUGAUGAUCAACUUCCACCGCCCGUCCAAUGUGAAGAUCACCGAUCGCCAUGGCGAUAUUUGCCACCUCCACCCUCACUGUUAGUCUUUUGUGUUUGCCAACGAUACUAAUGAUAAUAAAAAAAAACAAGCAUGAACUUCCCCUCAACCUCA